CAGUGCAGCUCGCGAAACAUCAUGGCGUCUGGUUGCCUAGUGCUGGGUCUAUUUAAUCCUUAGCUAGCUGUUUUUCCUGGUAAAAUAGCUGUAUUUAAUAAGCUUUUACUACAUUACUGUACAUAUAUAUACAACAGAUAUCUUCAUUGCAAUAUAUUUCAACAUGUCGGACUCAGAAGAGGACAGUCAGGAUAAGCAACUUAAAAUUGUAGUUAUCGGAGACGGCGCAUCGGGGAAGACAUCACUCGCCACCAGGUUUGCACAGGAGGCCUUUGGGAAACAAUACAAACAAACGAUUGGUCUGGAUUUCUUUCUGAAGAGAAUAGCUCUACCAGGCAAUUUGAACGUUACCUUGCAAGUGUGGGACAUUGGUGGUCAAACAAUCGGAGGGAAAAUGCUGGAUAAAUAUAUCUACGGUGCUCAGGGUGUUCUUCUAGUGUACGACAUUACAAACUACCAGAGCUUUGAGAAUCUGGAGGACUGGUACAGCAUGGUCAAAAAGGCCAAUGAAGAGUCGGAUGUCCAGCCUGUGGUUUUGCUGGUGGGCAACAAAAUUGACCUGGAGCAUAUGCGUACCGUGAAGGCUGACAAACACCAGCGCUUCUCCCAAGAAAACAACCUCAUCAGUCAGUUCGUAUCAGCCAAGUCUGGAGAUUCAGUGUUCCUGGCUUUCCAGAGGGUGGCUGCGGAGAUCCUCGGUGUGAAGCUCAAUAAAGCGGAGAUUGAACAGUCCCAGAGGAUCGUGAAAGCAGAGCUGGUGGAUUACCCUCAGGACGAAGGCCCCAUUAGACAAGAGACCAAUCAGAGCAAAAUCUGUUCAGUUCAAUAGUUGGAACAUGUGGUGAAGGCAGAUAUCGUAAACUACAGUCAGGAGCCUGUUGCAAGGACAGUCAACCCCCAGCGCAGCUCCAUGUGUUUGGUGCAGUGAUGCCCGACCCUCCCCCACAAAUCUCUUGCUCCUCAACAAAUUGACUACAUCAGUUAGAGCCUCAGAGCCCCAGGGUGCCCCGAUGCAGUGGCCCGUUAAUGGGAAUUGAGCCUACUUGUUUCUUCACACAAACACACACUCAUCUCCCAACGCACAACUCUCCAGAAAAGGCUGUGCGUCAGUAUUUCCAUUUGUUAAGGAUUUUCAGGGUCAUCAAACCAAAUAGUGUAUAUUUAAAGCUUUGUAUGUGAAAAUAUCUCUUUUUGUGCAUGUUCAAUGUGCAUAUUUACAGGGAUAAUCCUUGCUUCAAUACAUUUAAUUUUUUCAUGAGUGAUUUCUUAGGUAGUUUAAACAUGAAGUUCUGCUGUAAGAAAAAUGGGGCCAGUGUGUUUAUUACUAAUUUUAAUUGUAGUUUAUUUUCUUAAUUCUGGUGACAAAAUCAAUUGUCAUUUUUUAUUUUCCUGUGGUCUUAAUUGUAAUGCAUUCUUCAGAGGACCAUUUGAUUGUAUAUACAGUAAAUCUAUAGUUAGUUUCUGUAACAUGGAACAUAUAUCAACAAGUCAAGUAUUUUGAAUGCUUAAACACAUUUCCCCUAUAAUUAUGUAUAUGUUAAGAAAUCUGGAUUUGUUUUAGUGUUCUAAGUGAAACUGUUCAUAUUCUACACCCAUCCCUGUCCUAAAGCUCCCAGUGGUGAAAGGUAAGUGAUGGGAUUGGCAUUGGGUAGGUAGGCAGGGCAAGUAGGUAAGAGUGGGGAAGGGUCCAUGGACAAAUUGUGCUGAAUGUAAAAUCAACUGCUGGCUUAAUUAUGAGUCUGCUUACAGGAUGUCACCAGAAAGUAAGGCUUCUGCUGGAAUGGUGGGGCCUUGCAUGGUGCAUUGGUUCUCAACUGACUGACCUGGUUAAAUAACAGUUUUAGUUUUUGAACCGCUGUAGCUUAUGGAAUUGAGCGUUCUCUGUUUCAUUUGCCAAUAAGCUGCUUGUCAAGCUGAUGUGAUUUAUAGGAAGUAGUGUUAAUUUUCAGAUACAUUCUUGAUUUUCCAUCAUUUGAAAGACUAUAUCAACGUUAAUGAAAGAUUUUUAUUACAAAAAUAAACUUUCUUUCAUGUAACCUGAUCAAUCAGUAAUUUAGCAAUUUAGACACAUGAAGUGCUGUGUAGUAUCUUUGUCUUGACAAAACAAGCUAAGUAGUACCUAAUGUACACUCCUAGAAAAAAUGGGAUAUAGAGAAAAUACAUUUUGGCUGUCUCAAUGGGAGAAAACUGAAGAUCCUAUUUUCCUUUGGUAGGUAGAGGAUUACAACACAAGGGCUGUGGGUUUGAUUCAUACUGGGUCAAACCCCUUUUCCCAUAUGGACAGCCAAAAUAUACACUUUGGAGUCCUUUUUUCUAAGUAUACAUUAACUAGAGGCAUGUGUUUUUUUGUAAGGAAAUGUAUCCUUCAAAAUACGGUAAGUCUAUUUGUCCAGUAGUGUUUUCUUCAACCAAUAUAGUGUACUUGCACACAGAGAAUGGCAAAAUUGUAUCAAAAGCUAGUACAAAACCUGGUGACAUGAUUGGAUUUUACCAUGUAAACCGUUGGUUUUCGCCUUAAUGUGUGUUUGUAAAUGAUGUCUUUGUAAAUUAUAUCUGCAUUGUUCUGUGGAAGAUCUAAUUUUCAAUGCUGCUCAUUUAGGUGAGAUGUCAAGAACUUAUUGGAUGGAAUUCUGUGUACACCGAUGGACUUCUGGUCAUAAAAACGAUAUCUUUCCCCUAACUAUGAAAAAAUUGUUUUAAUCUGUACACUUAUAAAGUGGUUGUUUAGUGAAGAUUAACAACGAUAUGUGUGUUUGUAUACGAAAAAUAUAAUUUCUAUUCAAUAA